CAACUUGCACCAUUGUUGAUGGAUAACGAUGCGGUCAUCUGGGCAACAAAGGGUUUGGAAUUGAAUACUGGCAAGUUGCUGCAUCAGGUGCUCGAAGAAGAACUACCCCAGUGCAGUGCUUACGGUGUGGUAUCAGGGCCGACCUUUGCGGCUGAAGUGGCACGUGGUUUGCCCACAGCGAUGACAGUAGCCGCCAACCGUCCAGUAUUGGCACAAGCGGUUGCUGCUGCUUUUCAGGCAUCUAAUUAUCGUGCUUACAUCAGUGCUGAUGUUAUCGGUGUGGAAUUGGGUGGAGCGAUUAAGAAUGUCCUGGCGAUUGCCGCCGGUAUUUCGGAUGGCUUGGGUUUCGGUGCGAAUGCUCGUGUUGCCAUUGUGACCCGUGGUUUGGCAGAAAUCAUGCGUCUGGGUGUGAAAUUGGGCGCACAGCCAGAAACCCUGAUGGGUUUGGCGGGCGUCGGCGAUUUGGUGCUGACCUGUACGGACAAUCAGUCGCGUAACCGGCGUUUGGGGUUAGCACUGGGGCAGGGUAAAGACCGUGAUGCGGCGAUUGCUGAAAUCGGUCAGGCAGUGGAAGGGGCGAAGUCAGCACUUUCCAUU